CCUUGUGCACAUGCGACAUGAUGAACCCCAGAUCAAAUAACUCCCGUCGUCGCUGUUGACGGGCUCGGGCAGCGCAAAAGCUCACUCCCAUACGACAAUGGCCGACAGCGCCAUGCCAACGUCGCAAGAACCUCCUCAAGCCCUCGCUCAUCCAAAUACCGCCAUUGACCCUCAAACUGAAUACCUCUACCAAAAUAUCUCCCACUACCCGUUCCACAAAGACCGAGAAUACCAAGCCGGUCUGGGAGCCAUCCUAGGACACGAGGGCACUCCGGCAACGGAAGAUGAGAUUAGGGAAAAUGCGGCUCUAGUACUGCAAGCUCAACUCUUCUAUUUCGCAAGGAAAUACAAUGUACAGCCCAUAGACCCAAAUGCGUACAGCGCAUGGGUUCAGACGCAAAGUUUGCAACAAAUACAGCAGGACCACCCUUCACAUCUAUCCUUCAUACAGCAAGCCGCUCCAACCACGCUAUCACCCGACCUCGACGGAACAUCAUUGCCCCCAGCAGCGCCAGCACAACCCACGACUCUCACUUCGACAUCAGCAGUACCUCCGCAAUCACAGACACAAACACAAACACAGCCACCAUCUUCCGAACCCGAACCGCCCUACCCGACCUCCUUCGCCGCCAUAGUCGACCUAAUAACCCGUAACGUCCCCAUCCCAGGCAUCGAAGAGAUCCCCACCACUAUCCUCGAGCCGGGCUCGAGUAAGAUUGACAAGAACCCUCGACGCAAGAAGCCUUGGGAGAAAGACGCCGAGACAUCCACAACUUCACCCGCUGCCGAGGCUGCGGAAAUGCAAACAGAGACACCAGCACAAACGGAAGCAGGGACAGAAACAGAAGUAGAAACAGAAGUAGAACCGGCUGCCACGGACGAGGACGUCCCCACGACCGCCGCAAUGAUAAAUGUCAAUGGACAUAAAGAGACAGGCCAGGGUGUGGUGAAUAUUCUCAAGCCCAACGCCAUUCCGGACAGUGGACUGCUGAGUAAGGAUUGAGCCCCGGCAGCGACCAUUGUACACCACCUAUUGCGGACAGUGGAACGACCACCGCCCAAUGACCAUGUUUGGCGCCUCAAAUGAUAUGGACGAAGAUGUAUGAUCUCCACCAUGCGGAUUUGGAGAGCGCCGAAAGGAAGUCGAGUUUUAGUCGCCUAUGUCAAGGCUGCCAGACGGCAUAAUCUAGCAAUGUGGCAGCACCGCAUCAACAACCCCAUCCACACUUACCAUACGGCAGCUCAAUAACGUCUUGGGAAUGUACGAAUAGCAGCGAACUACAUGCCUUGGAAUAGAACAACCUGUUCCUGCCUUGCAGAAGAGCGAGCCGGCUUCUGUGAGCGAAAAGUGCUCAGCUAUGAUGUGCACUAUCUGCUACAUUGUCCUGAUCUUUGCCCGUGCUGCGGCUAAAU